AGACCCUGAGCCUUCUCUGCCGGAGAAAGAGAGAGAGCCCUGGCGCCAGGAAGAACUACGCUUCCCAGGGCUCCCUAGUCAAUAAAUCCGCAGGACUCCUCAGCAUGGGGCUAAAGCGGUCUGGAACCGGGUUACAUUUCCUCAGUGUGGACGGCACCCGAGGCCUGCCUCCCUCUCCUGAGCCCCUUUUGCCCCUGACUCACCCCCGGAGGAUCCCAGGCGAUCCCUCCUGGACCCGGUCCCUGGAGGACGGAGGAGGGCCCCUCUCCUCAUGUGAUCCGCCCGGGGAAGGAGGAGGAGGAGGAGCAGCAGCGGGGAGGAGGAGGAGGCAGGCCUGGGGCUGUCCCUCUCUCUGUCUCCGGCGCUGCAGAGCCUCCGUCGCCAUGCCUCCUCCUCCUCCUCCUCCUCCUCCGCCUGCCUUGCGGGGCCGGGGGGCAGCAGCGGGGCCCCUCCUGCUCCUGCUCCUGCUCCUGGGGGGCCUCUGCUGGGCCUCGGGGGCCCCGGGCGGAGCUCGCAACGUGCUCCUGGUCGUGGGUUGAACUUGUGAAGGUCCUCG